CCCGCAGGUCCCCGCUCCGAGAACCGGAAGUGGCGUGUGGAACGGACUCGACGCCGAGUUGGAGAGGCCUACGGAAGAGGCGGCUGUGGUGAGGGGUGGAUGAGGCCUGAGAGGCCGUCGCGGGAGCCGGACAUUGCCCAUGGAUGAAUUGGUGCAUGAUUUGGCCUCAGCCCUUGAGCAGACUUCUGAACAGAACAAGCUGGAUGAGCUGUGGGAAGAAAUGACUCUUAGCCCAAGGCAGCAGCGACGGCAGCUUCGCAAAAGGCGGGGACGCAAACGCCGUUCAGACCUAACACACCAAGCAGAGCAUGCUUGUUGCUACAGUGGAGCAUCUGAAUCCAGCCUGGAUGAAGUUGUUGAGGACUGCCGGGAAGUGCUGACUGCUAACUUCAGUGACUCAGAUGACAUGGCAGUAGCCAAACGCCAUCCAACGCUCAGUGCAACUCUGAGAAGUAAGCAGCACUCGUGGCACGAGUCAGACUCAUUCACUGAGAAUGCACCUUGCCGGCCACUAAGGCGCCGUCGAAAAGUUAAGCGUGUGACUUCAGAGGUGGCUGCUAGCCUCCAGCAAAAACUCAGAGUAUCUGAAUGGAGUUAUGAGAAGGGUUGCAGGUUCAAAUCUGCUAAGAAGCAGCGCUUGUCACGUUGGAAGGAGAAUGCUCCUUGGACAUCAUCAAGCCGAGGACUUUGUGAGUCGGCAGAGACGAGAGCCUUCCUCAACAAAGGGGGAAGAAAUGAGAGGAUGGAAUGUGAAGCAGAUGAACAGAAACAAGGCUCUGAUGAAAACAUGUCAGAAUGUGAAACCAGUAGUGUGUGCAGCAGUAGUGACACUGGCCUUUUUACCAAUGAUGAAGGUCGCCAAGGUGAUGAUGAACAGAGCGAUUGGUUCUAUGAGGGAGAAUGUGUCUCAGGAUUUACGGUCCCUAACCUCCUGCCCAAAUGGGGAACUGACCGCCAGUCUGACAUGGAACGAAUGGAUUCCAGCCUUGAAAAAAUCUCAGAUCCAACAUUCCUUCUGCCCUCUCGGCCAGCUACGAGAGGGUUCCAUGCCCGCUUGAACCGUCUUCCCAGUGUUCCUACCCGCUGCCUCAGGAAGGGCCGUAGGAGGCUGGUGAGCAAGGAGACCAUCAUGAGUGCUAUGGGCACUGAGAGGAUUAGCCACAUCAUUGGUGAUUCCUGCCAAAAAGAUUUCUGGUUGCCGUCAAUGGGAAUGAGAGAUCGCAACCAGUUCAAUCCACUAUCUCCUCUCUAUUCUUUGGAUGUUCUUGCUGAUGCUUCCCACCGAAGGUGCUCACCAGCACACUGCACAGCCAGGCAGACCAAUAUACAUCUCGGACCCCCAUGUUCAAGGGACAUAAAGAGGAAGAGGAAGCCUGUAAUGGCGACAGCCUCCCUUUCCAGCCCAACUUCAGAGAUGAGUGAUGAAGAGAGGCUCGUUCCGCUUUGCCGCUGUAUUAAUACACAUCAGGGGCCAGCUCCCGGCACUAAAUCACGCUACUGCAUACAUCUGUUAUCGGACUCCUCACCACCGUGAUGAACAAGACUGCAGAUAGAGGCUUCCUCAUGUCAUUCUUUAUAGGAUUUUCCUAAAAGAAUAAAUAGCUCAAAUCUCUGCCAACACUCUCCCCUGUCAUUGUGAUGAAUUUAGCUUCUUUCUUAAACAUGCAGCAACAAAUCUUCCUUUGUCGUAGACCCCUCCCCCUCCCCACCUACGGAAAGUUUUGUUGAAUUUGACUGAAUUUAGAUGAUGAUAGUCAGGCCACUUAAGAUGCAUCCAGUGGUGGCAACGGAAGCUGCAAUCUGGAGGGUUGUUUUUUCUUUUAACCUAAUAUAUAUUUAAUGGCACUCGUACAAGGUCAUGGCCACUUACCCUGGGUGAAUCUGGAACUGCAAUUCCUUGGCAAUCCCUAAGAAACGGUUCACACAUGAGAACCCUGUGUGAUCACCUCACGCUUCUAGAGCAGCUGCCAUCCCUAAAAAUGGGGUUAUUAUAUACACCACUGUUGCCACUCCACCAUGGAGACCCUAAGUCACACUUGCACAAGGGCUUUUGCAGUUCCACAUAUUCCUGGGGCAGUUGUGUGUGUGGGUCAGAUGCCACAAAUAGUCCUCAAGUGAAAGUAUGGUAACGUUCUGCCUACUCUAUUGCUGGGCAGCGGUUGAGGCCUAGGAUGUUAUGCAGGCUUAAUAGGGUAUUAUAGCAGGCUUAAUAGAAUUUGACUCUUAACUAGAUUUGGAGACCACCCCACCCCUUCAAAAUACCUCCCAAAUCUACCUGAGAAACAGUUUUAUGUUCCCUUGUUUUAGGCAUGUCUCAUUGUCUCACAGUUUCCCAUAGCUUUUAAGAAUGUGGGCUGCAUUUGGACCCUCUUACAGCUGGGCUUCCAUUUGCUCAUGGUCCAGCUGUCUUCAAGGAGGAGGUGGUUUCAUUAAUGGCCUUUUAGGCAACGUAUUCUUGCUCAAUUUAUUUCAGUCACUUCAGUGGGACGAAUAAAAGGAUUGCUAGUUUUCUUUCCACCGCUUUCCUGCAGCAUGGGUAGACACUGCAAGGUGUGCUCAAGCUGCUUCAGUGACAAUCAAGUGAACUUCAUCCAUUUUCUUUUGUGCAGGCUGAUUUCUCUUUUAGCAGGGGAGUUUGGCUGCAUUUCUGACGAGGUUAAAAUGGUGCUUAGACAGGAUCCCACCUUUAUCCCUAAAGUUGUUGCUUCACUUUUUCCACAAGGAAAAUGCGUUAUUUCUUUCUGCCAACUGCAUAUUUCUGGCAGAUCAUGUAUUCUUUGAAACAAGGGUCUUCAGAAGCAGAAUAAAGAAUCGAAAGCAAGCAAGCAAGUGCCAAUUUGUCCAAGCCUGAUCACAGAAUUUUGGCUGUUUGGGCAGAGAAUUCAAAUUUCCGUUUGAUGCAGAAUAAACACAACCUUGUGUAUAUUAAACACAGAACAGGGACUAUUUAUUUGGUCAGGUCACUUCCACAGCUAAGAGCAGAGGUGAGUAUCUGGAUGUUGCUGGACUACAAUUCCCAUCAUCCCUGACAAAUGGCUAUGCUGACUGGGACUCAUGUUAGCUGUAGUCCAAGAACACCAGGAGAGCCAUGGGUUCCCCAUUCCUGGGUUAGAGCAAAAGAAAGUCUUAACUGCUGGGAGCUCUCUAGUGCUGAAACCAGGAAUGGUUUUCAGAAGCUCUGGAGUUAUCCAUAUCAUG